CUGGGAUGCAAUGCGGCGGCACUCCACAGAUCUUCCCCGGGUCUAGUGUUGUCUGUUCAGGGGGAAAAAAAAGCUCUGCUCCCUGCGGUCAUGUGAUUAUUUUUUUCCCUCCUUCMAAGUUGAAAGGCAGGAGCAGAGCAGUGGAGGGGCUUCAGCUCGCAUUCCCAGCAUUUUACCGUGGAUACAUCCUUUCUUUCCGCCACAUUAUUGUUUUUUUGCUCGGUGUGACAUAUUUUUACACCCGGUGUCUUCUUCACGAUGGCGGGCGCUAUCAUUGAAAACAUGAGCACCAAAAAGUUGGUGAUAGUGGGAGUUAUUCUGCUUUUGUUUCAGGCUUUCGCCUUUAUGGUCGGCGGUUUAAUCGCUCCCAGCCCCACCACUUCAGUCACACACUUGGCCACGAAGUGUGUGGACACAAGCAAGUACAGAGAAGACAAGAAGUGGUUCAUGCCUUGGGGUCCUAACCAGUGUGACAAGAUCCGGUCCUUCGAUGAGGCCAUGAACAAGAGGAUCGAGGCCAACAACAUUGUAUUUGCUGUCCACAUUCCAAUGCAAGAAAAGGAGAUGAACCCGUGGUUCCAGUUCUUGCUGGUCAUCCUGCAGUUUGACAUCGCGUUUAAGAAGAACAACCAUAUCAAGGAAGGAGCAGUUGUUACCAUUGAUGUUGGCUUGGCCUACAGAGAUGACAAGGUCAGCGAGUGGAAGGAGAUGGCUCAUUCCCUGGAACAGAGGAAACUCCAAUGUGUCUUAACUUUUCCUGAGACCCUUGAGAAUGAAGGACGUCACUACAACUGUGAUAUUCUGCCCUUCAUGGAGCUGGGGAGUGUGGCUCAUAAGUACUAUCUACUGAACAUCCGCCUGCCUGUCGUUGAGCGGAAGAAGAUCAACGAUGGCAUCGGAGAAAUCAAAGACAUUCAACUCAUUAGCAUCCAUCAGAAUGGAGGCUUCACCCAGGUCUGGUUUGCCAUGAAGACUUUUCUCACYCCCAGUAUCCUCAUCAUCAUGAUCUGGUACUGGAGACGCAUCACCCUCAUGACCAGACCUCCCGUCCUCCUGGAAAAGGUCAUUUUUGCUCUUGGUAUCUCCAUGACAUUCAUCAACAUGCCAGUGGAGUGGUUCUCUGUGGGCUUUAACUGGACCUGGAUGCUUCUGUUUGGAGACAUCAGACAGGGCAUCUUCUACUCCAUGCUGCUGUCCUUCUGGAUCAUUUUCUGUGGUGAACAUCUCAUGGACCAGACGGAGAGGAACCGUUUUUCAGUCUACUGGAAGCAGGUUGGACCCAUCGUGUUUGGUUCCUUCUGCCUCUUCAUCUUCGACAUGUGUGAGAGAGGUGUCCAGCUGACCAAUCCCUUCUACAGCAUCUGGGCCUCAGAUGUAGGAACUGAGCUCGCUAUGUCCUUCAUAAUCGUGGCAGGGAUCUGCGCCUGUCUCUACUUCCUCUUCCUCUGUUUCAUGGUGUUUCAAGUCUUCCGCAACAUCAGUGGUAAGAGGUCGUCCCUGCCUGCCAUGUCCAAGGCCAGGCGUCUGCACUACGAGGGUCUUAUCUUCAGGUUCAAGUUUCUGAUGCUGGUCACCUUGUUCUGCGCUGCCAUGACUGUCAUCUUCUUCAUCAUCAGUCAGGUGAAUGAGGGUCACUGGCACUGGGGAGAUCACACGGUGCAGGUGAACAGCGCCUUCUUCACUGGCAUUUAUGGCAUGUGGAAUCUGUACGUCUUUGCCAUCAUGUUCCUCUACGCUCCMUCUCACAAACGCUACGGAGGCGAGCAGUCGAGUGGUCAGUGCAUCACUGGUGAUGCUGCAGCGAACAGUGGAGAGGAUAUUCAGCUGACCACCACCAUCACCCAUGUGGAUGGUCCUACUGAGCUCUACAAAAUGACUGGCAAAGAGGCCCAGGAAUAGAUUCCCCAGUGUCUGCCACAUCCUCAUACUCACUACUGCUCCACUGUUAUCUAUGGAAUGAAACCAGCUUUCUUCUUUCUUAUCCUGUGCCUGAAGCUGCAUAAACCAGUUCAGUUUCUGAGCAGCCUCUCAGCUGCUGCUCUGCAGCACCAAAAGUGUGGCACCGUUUCCAAACUCCUUAUUGUCCUUGUGAAGCAGAUAUCAACACUCCUAUCGGUCUUUUUCAUUUCAUAUGACACUUUCAUGUCACAUUUCAUAUUUUAUAUUGUGUAAAUGUUGUGAGACUCUUUUUUUAUACUCCAUGUUAGGUACUGAAAAGCUGCUUUAUAUAGUGGAAAGAACCAGUUGCUUAAAGGUUACAUGUAGCAGCCAGCAAACUCCGGUUUGAGUCCASUUCCUUAAGUGAAUCAUUAUUCAGCCACGUGCUUUAUUUUGUCCUGGUGUAUUUCUAUUCAACAACCUGUCACACACUAACUACACCUGCCAUUGAACAUACAUGACGUGAAGUGCUGCUUUACUUGUAUCACUGUGGAAAGUGAACAGACCACGGAGCCACAUUGGGAAAUGCACUCUGUGCAUUUAUUGUUACAUUGUUUAUUAUUUGGAUAUUUUCUGUUUAAGCUUCACAAACUAUAUGCAUGAAGCAGUAUUUUUUAAAGUUGACUGUAGCUUACUACAUAUGAUUUUUAGUUUAGAUAUUUUUCUCUUUGUAUGCUAAUUUAAAUAAAAACUUUAUCUUAAA